UUGCGAAGAUGUGGCAGCACCAAAGCCGCAAAGAGAUAUGGCAGCACGAAUUUGGAAACACGCGCAAGCCAAAUAUUAAACAAAUCCGAAAUAGUUUAUAAAUACAAUAUAUAACAGUCAUUUAUAUAUUUAUUAAUCAAAGGCUGGAAGGCCGACGCACUACCUUCAAUAAAGCACUUCGGAAACAAAUCAGACACAAGCUAUAAUGGCUGGCGUACUCUUUGAGGAUAUAUUCAACGUAAAGGAUAUGGACCCGGAGGGCAAGAAGUUCGACCGAGUUUCCCGCCUGCACUGCGAAUCCGAGUCCUUCAAAAUGGACCUGAUCCUGGACAUCAACUCGUGGCUGUACCCCAUGGAAUUGGGCGACAAGUUCCGCCUGGUCCUGGCUACCACACUGCGGGAGGAUGGCUGUCCAGACAGUGGAGAGUACAAUCCAAUGGAGCAUGAAGGAACGCGGGCGGACAGCUUCGAGUACGUGAUGUACGGGAAGAUCUACAGGAUCGAAGGCGACGAGGCGCACAAUGAGGCUUCCCGUCUGUCCGCCUACGUGUCUUUCGGAGGGCUGCUGAUGCGACUCCAAGGAGAUGCCAACAAUCUGCACGGAUUCGAAGUGGAUCAACACAUGUACCUGUUGAUGAAGCGACUGGCGUUUUAAAUUUUUCUACCAUUACUGUUUCCAAAUUAGACAUAAACAACAACCUUUA